AAAGCAGCCUUGGUUAGGCUGUAAUUCCCCGGAAUGUGGUAAUAUAAAGACAGCGGCUCAUUCCCCUCCCUACUUCUUUCCUCUCUUUGUUCGUUGUCCCUCUUCGCAAACCCCCAUCCUACCCAUCCCUCUUUGACAACCCCUCCCUCGCUCCCUCCCCUCCAUCUUCGAUCCGACCUCCCUCCCUCCACUCCCUAACCUCCUUCUGCCCGCCCUCUCUUCCCUCUCUCCUCCCUCCUGCUCUCCUUCUCUCCUUCUCUCCAACUUGUUCACAAUGCUCUUCCGCACCACCGUCAUCGCCUCUGCGGCCCUCGCCCUCCUCGCCUCCAUGGCAGAGGCCCAUUCCUGGGCCGACUGUGUCGACUGGCGCUUCAACAACCCCGACAAGCCAGGCUACAAGGAAAGUGAUGGAAAAUGCUUCGGCUGGGGUCGCCAGUACUACGUCAACAGGAAAGUUCCCUUUGCUGGACGCGACAGUGUCUCGCCCAUCAGACACUUCCAGCAGUACCACGACUCAAAGCAGAACGCGAAUCCUUGCUCUAAUGGCCAUAAUGGUGCAGAGUCAGGAUCCAUCGAAACCCGCCAGAACCCCAUUUCUAAAGCCUACGGAGGAAAAGACUUUGGCGUGAUGGCAACUGCCACCGCUGGUCAAACAAUGUGCAUCCGCUGGCCAGCCAAGAACCACGCUGUGAAGAGUGAAAAAGAGAACUUUGUCUUUAUCAACAUGCCAAAGGUCGUUCUAGACAAGGAUCCAGACCAGAAUGGCUUCACCAAGGCGAACAUUGCCAAGAUCCCCUACAAGAACUGCGAAUCUGCCGCAAACGAGGAUAUCCGUCCCUGCGGCGGAUGCUUCACGGUCCCUCCAGAGCUCGCAACCGGAACCUAUGUGGUCCAAUGGCGCUGGGAGCUCAACAAGGGCGAGUUUUACACUUCUUGCUGGGAUGUCGGCGUUACUGGCACUUCGACCAACACCACUGCCCCUGGUGCUACUACUACUCUCGGUGGCUCGACCUCUGUCUUCGCCGAACUUGCUGAGGACUAAGCAGCACCCCCGCCUUGUGGUAGUGGUAGAAAGACGCCCUUAUUGUGUGCGCAUUUUGAACAAAAAAAAUAUAAUAAUAUCCUUUCAAAAUGCAUAUUCUGCCUUGAAAAAAAGUGCUUUUUAAAUUUUUAUCGUGGAGAUAUUUGAAAAUUUAUGUGUGGGGUACUUAAUUCAAUUGCUGCGGGAUGCGCGCGAUUCAUACUCAUCAUCAUUCCAUGCAAAUACAAAUAAAGUACGUCAC